AUGAGCAAUCCGGAUGAUGUAGAAAUUCAUACGGAAGAGAACCAUUCAGACUGGAGGUCUCAAUGUGGCAAAGAGAUGCGUGAACUGAUGGAGAAGAAGUUCAGCUGGUCACAUGAUGAUAAGAAGCAGUCAACUGGAAGCAUGAUGUUAGUGAUGCCACAAUUUUCAACCGUGUUCUAUAAAUUGUACAAGGCUGUUUGUGAUCGGGAAAAAGAUGCAGAUGGCUUUGUUUCACUCUUGAAGUCAGAAUGUACAGUGAAUAAAGUUGAUUUGGCCACCCUUUUUAAUAAUGUCACUCCCACUGGUGAUUCGUUGCUUCAUGUUGCAGCUGAGUUUGGUAGAGAAGAAGUUGUGGAGCUGAUUGCUUCUCACUAUCCCAAUCUUCUGAGUAAGGGAAAUAAGAAAGGUGAUACUCCACUUCAUGUUGCUUCGCGAGCAAAGAAUAUUGAAGCGAUCAAUGCUAUUCUCCUGGUUAUAUCAAAGAAGGCCGAAUUGAUAGAUAAAGCCGAAUUUCUAAUGUUGAGAAAUAAUUAUCAGAGGACAGCUUUGCACGAAGCUGUUUUGAGCGAGCAUUCAGAUGGGGUGGUUCUGCUUUUAAAUGCGCAUAGGAGAAGUGUUUUGGCUGCCUAUUGGACUUGGAACAAGAAUUAUGGAUGCAAAUCACCAAUGUAUUUGGCCGUCACGACAAAGAAUAUGGUGAUUCUUGCUUGUCUCCUAGAGAAAAUUGCAAUUCCUUCAGAUCACCAGGCCAUUUCAAGCGGAGACUCUCCGCUUCAUGCCGCGAUAUUAGAACGAAAUACUGGUCAGUACAUGUAUCUAUAUUUACUCAUAAAUUAUAACAUGCUUGAUGCUUUUGAUCAGUUUGAUUUUCUUGCACCUAAUAUGUGUUUGUUUUUGGGUGAAGAACUAUUGAAAUACAUAGUGAGGGAAGGACCAAAAGAGCUCAUGUAUCAAAAAGAUGAAAGACAAAACACUCCCUUUCAUUAUGCAACAUACGCUGGUUUCUUGGGAGCAAAACUUAGACGGCAAUCUUCCGAUCCACCCGCCUGCGAAAAGGGCCAUGUUCAAGUGGUAAAAAAUCUGCUUGAAAUUCCGUGGUCUGAUGCUGGAUUUUGCCUGAAUAAUGAAGGACAAAACAUUCUUCACGUUGCAGCAAUCAAGGGACACACAAAUGUGAUAAAAUGCUUACUGGAAAAUCCUAAGAUUCAUCCUCACACUGUCAAUGAGAGAGACUUGUAUGGAGAUACCCCGCUGCACCUGGCUUCAAAAAACCUACGUCUUUGGACUCUGCUCCUUCUUUCACAAGACAAACAUAUCAAUGCGAAUCUGGUCAAUAAUGAAGGUUUAACAGCACGAGACGUUGUUUGGAUACGAUGUAAAACUCCAAUGACACGUCAAGAGUUCUUAGCGGAUGUGAUUUUAAGAAGAGCUGGGGUGCUGCUCAAGGCAAAUAUGCUAGGUGUGCCCCGGGAAGUAUCAGCCAAUGAAGAUUGGAAAGUGAAAGACGCAGCUGAAACACUCAUACUUGUGGCCAUAUGA